CAUUAUAGCUGCAACCUGUGUUUGGCCCCCGACCUAGGUUCCCUCAGGAAUCUUAUGCACAGGUGAAGGCUGUCACCACUGCUCACAGUUCAGCAAGAGUAAAGGGUUGGGCUGCUCGUGCCAUGGAUACCUAGGAAAGGACGGAAGUUUGUCUUAGGUACCUUGCUGAGGUGCUGCAGCUUGGAGCGCAUCAUAUAAAUUGCAACCCAACUCUAACAUUGGCAAGUAGUAUCCAGAAUGCCCCUCAUCUACUGCAAGCUUCGAUUGGUUUAAAGGAGAAUCUUAUCUUUCUCCCUCCAAGAUGCAUUCCCGAGAGAUAAAAUUUGAGCAGGACCUUGGGGUAGACACAAUACCCAACACUUGUUCGAUCAGAAUCCACCUAUCCUCCAAAAUGCCGGGCCCUGGAGCUACCCAAGCCCUCAUGGCCAUCCGCGGGGCCAAAUCCACACUCCAGAACACCAACAACGUGUACGCCGAUCUUGACGAUGCUAGCAAAGACUUGCCCAACGCAUUCCACGAAGUCGCAAAAGUGAUUCCCCUCGUCGAGCGUACCCUUGGUACUAUCGAGACGUACAUUCAGUCGAGGAGCAGGAAGACAAAGGAAGAGACACGCGAGGACCAAGAUGCGUACCAACAAAUAGCCAAGCUGGCAAAACAAUGCGAUGAGCGAGCUGCGCGUUUGCAGACAAUCUUCGGCAAAGUCAUACCACCGGACGGCACCCCCGUACAGGAGCGAUACCGAUCUGCCGCCGGAAAGGGAGGUCGUGUAGAGCUUCUUAUGAAGGGGAUCCUCGAGGACGUUAUUGCGCUUGCCAAAGAGCCAUUUGUCGGGCCUGACGAGGCGGAGUGCCUCCGGGCUGCGUUGAAAGAGAUUAUGGAGCUCGAGCCUUCGUUGCCCGAGAACACGGGAUCUCACGUCUUUAACAAUCACGGAUCAGGCCCGCAGAGCAUUCAUCUUGGGACUGGCGACCAAAAUAUAAACACAGGUCCGGCUCCGCAGUUCAACGGCCAAUUCAUGGCCCCUUUCCAUCUCGGAGGAUUUGGUUUUAGCAACCUGGAGAUGUAGGUGCUCGAAUCGUGCACACCUGCAUGUAGGGAUGUCUGGUUACAUACGGAGGCUUAGG